AUGGCGGAUGGAGAUGUUAUGGAUAGAGAUUUGGAAGAUGGCGAGAUUUCCAGCUCUGAUUCAGACUCUGAGAUGAAAACCACCACAGCAGCGAUCGUGGCGCGACCAAUAGAACCUGCGGUUUUCAGUGGCCAAUCCUUUCAGAGUAGAUCUGCCGUUUCUUAUCGAAACGCCAGUAAACCAACCAGUGACAGUGAUCUGGAUUCUUCCGACGAAGAAGGUGCUUCUUGGAGCCGCAAACGUCAAAAAGUAUCCCAACCGGCACUGAAUCGCUUACCCGAGGCGCUUCGGGGUCGCAGGGUGAACAACAUUUGGGGUUCUGUGGUGCAGGAACAGUGCCAGGACGCUGUAGCUGCAGAACUUUGCGUCUUCGGCAUGGAUGGUGAGGUUUCCAUGGACAGGAACGUGGAGACUUACAACUACGUUCUGGCUCAUAAGAUAAAGGAAAAGGAGAGGCAGAUGGAGAAACGGGAAAAACACGGAGAGGAAGUGAAGAUGCUGGAUGAUCAGCUGGAUGAGUACAGAAGAGGUGAAAGAGAAGGAGGUGAUGCUAAACGUAAACGGCCGGUGAAAGAGCGACUCGGUCCUUUAGCCGAGAUGGACGUUAAAGGCCGAUACGAGAUCACGCAAGAUGACCCUGAAGAUAAAGUAGUGGAUGAAAUCGCGUACAGGCUGCAAGAACCGAAAAAAGAGCUAAUUCAACGUGCGGUGAAUGUUCUUGGGAACAAAAAAGCCAUUGAGUUACUCGGCGAAACGGCCACCCUGGAGGAAAACGGAGGUGUCUACACCGUGGACGGAAGCAGGCGGCGCACACCCGGUGGUGUCUACUUCAACCUUUUGAAGAACACGCCCAGCGUCACCCGAGCUCAGAUUCGAGAGAUCUUCUUUGACGAGAGUCAGAAGGAGCAGAAGAGCAAGAAGGCGGCGCAGAAGAGGAGGCGGCACUUGGUGGCAAAGAAGAUGAAGCAGGCUAUCGGGACGUUGAACCUUCAGGAGCACGACGACGUCUCCAGGGAGACUUUUGCUAGUGAUACCAAUGACGCCUUGGAGUCGCUAGAAGAUGCUGGCAAGGAGGAGGAGGAGGACGGUGUGGAGGAAGAGCGCGCCGUGGGUACCGAGGAGUCACCAGUGGUGUACAACUCGGCGGACUUGGAGGUCUUCUAA